UAAGCCUAAAACCCUCCCACUCCCUCUCUGCUCUUCCACAAUCCCGCACCAGGGAUUACAGCGAAAGAAUGUAUCUUUAUCGUCUCCUCCGUCGACCCUCUUCCUCUUACACCUUCCCCGCCGCCGGAGCACAACCUUUGAUCCGAGCACUACACCACCUCAGCUCACCGCCCGCCAUUUCUCCCCAACUGGGCACUCCCGCUGCUCAACAUUCAAUCCCAUCACGACGGACCUUCGCGUUCUCCUCAGCGGAAGAAGCCGCAGCCGAACGCCGGCGGCGGAAGCGGCGCCUCCGUAUCGAACCCCCUCUUCACGCUCUUCAGCGGAACCCUAACCCUCCCCCUCGGGACCCGAACGCGCCCCGCCUACCGGAUACCACCUCCGCUCUGGUCGGCCCUCGGCUCAGCCUGCACAACAAGGUUCAAUCACUUAUUCGAGCUUUCGAUCUUGAUGCUGCUUCCUACCUCGCUCGCACCUCCAUUUUCUCCAGAACUCGCCCCACCGUCUUCACCUGUAAUGCCAUCAUAGCUGCUAUGUACCGGGCCAAACGGUAUGAUGAUGCGAUUGCAUUGUUUAAAUACUUCUACGAGCAGAAUGAUGUAGUGCCUAAUGUUGUCUCGUAUAAUAAUUUGAUCAACGCCUACUGUGAUCAAGGGAGAGUUGAUACAGGGCUUGAGGUUUACAGGCAUAUAAUUGAAAAUGCACCAUUUAGUCCUUCCCCCGUGACUUAUAGGCAUUUGACAAAAGGUUUGAUCGAUGUGGGGAGAAUUGAGGAAGCCGUUGACAUGUUGAGAGAGAUGUUGACGAGGGGUCAUGGAGCCGACUCGUUGGUGUUUAAUAACGUGAUUAAGGGGUUCUUGGAGCUGGGUAAUUUGGACAAGGCAAAUGAGUUCUUCGAUGAGUUGAAGCAGAGGUGCUUGGUGUAUGAUGGGGUGGUUAGUGCCACUUUUAUGGAUUGGUGGUUUAAGCAGGGAAAUGACAGUGAGGCCAUGGAGAGUUACAGGUCAUUGAAGUUGAAAAAAUUCAGAAUGGUGCCUGCUACAUGUAACGUGCUUCUGGAGGUUUUGCUUCGGUAUGGCAAAAAGGAGGCAGCUUUGGAGUUGUUUGAGGAAAUGUUAGACAAUCAUACACCACCAACAUUCCAAGCCGUGGAUGCCGAGACUUUUAAUUUAAUGGUGAAUGAGUGUUUUAAAGAAGGCAAAUUUGCUGAGGCAGUUGAUACCUUCACGAAGGCUGGUACAAAUCCCAAAUCAAGGCCUUUUACGAUGACUGUGCCUGGUUUCAACAACAUUAUUAUGAGAUUCGCGGAGAACGGGAUGAUGACGGAAGCUGAGCAAUAUUUUACAACAUUGAUGUCCAGGUCCUUGGCCCCAGAUGUCACGAGUUUCAAGAUUUUGAUUGAGGCAUAUCUGAAGCUGGAACGGUUUGACGAUGCCCUUAGGAUCUUUGAUAGAAUGGUUGAAUCAGGCUUAUGGGUGGUUGCUAGUUUUGGUACAAGAGUUUUUAGCGAGCUUAUUAAAAAUGGUAAAGCAGUGGAAUCUGCAAAGAUUAUGAUAAAUUUGGGGAUGAAGACGGCCGAGAGAAUGGCAGACAGAGAUAUAAAACCCGACCAUAUGGUUUAUGAUGCAGUGGUUAGGGGACUUUGUGAUGCUGGAGAAUUAGAUGGCAGCAGAGAUGUUCUGGACCAAAUGAUGGCAUUUGGUGUUGGUUUGCAUCCUUCCUUGAAGGAAUUUGCACUGAAGGCAUUUGAAGAUGCUGGACGUGGUGAAGAAAUUAAGAAACUUCUGGAUGAAAAUCAAUACAGGAAUACCUCAAGACCUCCUCCUUUCAUGGCUAAGCAACUUCAAUCACCAUUUGGAGCUUCUCAAUUUGCGAGCGAACAACAAUCCUUGGAGCCAUCUUCAGUAGGUGGACAGUCAAUAUUAGGUCAGCCGCGAUACCAGCAAGGAGGAUUCCCAGCACCAUCAUCAAGUUAUAAUAGCCCAGGGCAGCCAGUGUCUGGUACUUUUGGAACCACUGGACAACAAACUUCAUAUGCUUCUCAGCCACCAUCAUCAGUAUCAGCAAUGGGAGCACAAAUAGUAAGUCCCCAUAGUACGACAGGUCAGCAACCUCCAGUAUCUAAUGCAUCAGAACAGCCUUUGUGGUCUAGUGGAGUAGAAGGACAACAGUCAUCCUGGUCACCUCAUGUACAAAGGCAACAGUCAUCAUCAUGGUCCUUGCCAGGGCAGGGGCAGCCACCAGCAUGGUCAUCUCCCACACAAGUUCAGCAAACAUCUUGGUCAGCUACAGCACAAGGACAACAGCCAUCAUCAUGGUCCUUGCCAGGGCAGGGGCAGCCACCAUCAAGGUCAUCUCCCUCGCAAGUUCAGCAAACAUCUUGGUCAGCUACAGCACAAGGGCAGGGGCAGCCACCAUCAUGGUCAUCUCCCACACAAGUUCAGCAAAAAUCUUGGUCAGCUACAGCACAAGGACAACAGCCAUCAUCACGGUCCUUGCCAGGGCAGGAGCAGCCACCAUCGUGGUCAUCUCCCACACAAGUUCAGCAAACAUCUUGGUCAGCUACAGCGCAAGGGCAGGGGCAGCCACCAUCAUGGUCAUCUCCCACUCAAGUUCAGCAAAAAUCUUGGUCAGCUACAGCACAAGGACAACAGCCAUUAUCACGGUCCUUGCCAGGGCAGGGACAGCCUCCAUCGUGGUCAUCUCCCACACAAGUUCAGCAAACAUCUUGGUCAGCUACAACACAAGGGCAACAGCCAUCAUCAUGGUCCUCGCCAGGGCAAGGGCAGGGGCAGCCAGCAUCAUGGUCGACUCCAGCACAAGGGCAGCUGUCAUCCAGUCCUCCGGUGCAAGGACAACAUCUGUCAUGGUCAUCUCCGAUUGAAGGGUUGAAAUCAUCUUCUCAGUCGUCUCAUACUGGAGGGCCAUCAUCAUAUUGGUCCUCUCCAGAUGCAGGGCAGCAGCAGCAAUCAUCAUGGUCCUCUCCAAGACAACAGUCAUCGGGCACACCAGAUACAGCCAGUACUUAUGAAUAUGCUUCUUCACAGUCUGCUAGGAGAAAUUCUGAAUAUGGAUCUUCUUUCAACUCGUCACCUGCAGCAGGCAACCAUCAUCCUCAUGGACACUCUCACUUAUCAGGACAGGACCGAUGGCAAGACAACCAACAUCGGGUAAGAGCUUGUUUGAUCCAAUGGCGAGACAACAGCAGAAUGGGUUCCCAGAGACUGCUAGGCGCUAUCCGCAACCACCUCAAUGGCAAGCCAGCCACCAAACCACUGGACAGCCUCGCCCGGCAGGACGAGACCAAUGGCAAGAUAAUCAACAAUUUAAUCCAACGACGGGGCAACAACAGAGUGGACCCCCGGAGGCUUCAGAGAAUGGUCAUUCGCAGCCAGCAGCUCCAUGGCAAGACUACAACCAGCGUGCCACAGCUUGAUUCUUUGGUACAAAUGACCGUCCUAUGAUCAGAGUACACACAAUUGACUCAAGUUUUGGCUUCUGAUUAUGUCCCUGGAAGGUCUCCAGUCAUUGCCAACACUUAAGAGAUGUACUCCCUUGACAGCUCACUGAAACUGCAGCAUGGUAAUGAUCUUGCAGGAUGGAUGAACUGCUGUUGCUAUUGAGAGACUGACCAUAUAAUGUUUAUUGAGGACGACUCCAUUCUUGGCAAAUUUUGAUUUGCAAACUGUUGGUUAAUGGAUCAUAAUAGGUUAUUGUGUAUCAGAUUUUCAUUUUUUGGGUCAUUUGUCUGCUCUUCUCUAGGGAAUAGGAUAAUAAGAGAAGUGAACUCUUGUGCUUGGUCACAAUCCACGUUUACCAUCAAUCCAUCAUCAAGCGCACUUCAUGUCUUCAAAGUUCAACCAUGUGGUAUUGUGAUAGUUACUUUCAACCUGCACCUUAGUAAAACUAUAUACUAACUUGCCU